AUGACAUUACCACAUAGUGAUAUUGAAUUUCUUCGAGAAUUAAUGAAUUUUUCAUUAGAUAAAGGUUUUUAUGAUUGUGUGUGUGUUAUUUGUUUUUUAAAUGAUGAAUUAUUUGUAGAAUUUACUUUUCUUAAUGAAUUAAAAGAUCCUUGGCACAUACCGGUAUCGAAAUUGAAUGUUAUACAAACACUUUAUUAUUUAUUAUCGACAUUUUUAAAUUAUUUGGAUGAACAUGGAGGUUUUGGAGAAGAGGAUCAACGAAAUACAACAGGAAUAGGCAACAAUCCACCAACAACUUCCGGUUCAAAACAGUAUUCUCCCAAAUAUGAUUCCCUUCUUUUUUGUGGAACACCAUCUGAACGUUUUGGUGGUGGAUUAAAACGAGAAGAUAAUUUUAAAGAUGAUAAUUUAAUAAAUCAAAAAGAACAAGUUAAAAUCGAUCGUGAUCCAACUACACAAGAAUUCGAUACUUUUGUUCGUGAUUUAUUUAAUUCUAAUGUUAAUUAUGCUGUUUAUUUACCACCUGAUUCACGUAUGAUAUUUGAUUAUAUGAUUGAUUCAAAUACAUUUUUAUAUCAUGAAUGGGAUUCAAUUGUACCAAAAACUGAACAAUUAAUUAAAAAUGAACAUUUACAAUUUGUUAUACCAACUGUUGAUAUUGUUCGAUAUUCAUUUUUAAUAACAGCAAUACUUAUACAUAAAAAACCUAUUCUUUUAACUGGUAAUAGUGUUGUAGGAAAAACAUUACUUAUUGAAGCAAUGCUUCGAUCUUUAACAUUACCCGAAGGAAAUUUUGUUCCACCUGGUACAAUUUUAGGUGAUGUUCUACAAUAUAAUGCUACAAGACAUACAACAACAAGUAAAUUAGCACAAGCAGGUGAUAUACCUGUAGAAAAUACAGAAGGUGGAAGACGAUGUAUACCAUCAAAACGUUUACUUCAAUCAUUUUCAAUAUUUACAUUACCUGAUCCAGCUGCUAAACAACUAUUUCAUAUAUAUAGUAUUCGUCUUCGAAGAUUUUUAAAUAGUUUAGAAUUUUCAGUUGAUGUACGUUCAUCACUUUAUCUUCUUGUUUCGACUUGUCUUGUUAUGUAUUAUCGUAUAUCAAUUAAUAUUCUUUCAACAUCAUCAAAAGUUCAUAUAUUUAAUUUAAGUGAUUUAGCUAAACUUGCUCAAGGAAUAAUGCAAGUAUCACCAAUGAAUACAACAGAUCAAGAAUGUUUAGCUACGUUAUUUGCUCAUGAAUGUUUACGAAUAUUUGCUGAUCGAUUAGUAACGGAAAGUGAUUUAGCUAUUUUUUAUAAACAUUUAAAUGCAACAGUAAAUAGUUAUUUUAAAAUUUCAUUAGAUAUAUCAAAAUAUUCAGAAAAUCCAUUAUUUUGUAAUUUUUUAAAAUCUGAUGAUCGUUUAUAUCAACAAUUAAAUGAUUGGCAUCAAUGUUGUUCAGUUUUUUUAGCAGUGUCACAGAUCCGAGAAAUCGGGGAUCUUAGAGAUCUCUAA